UCUGUACGCGCACGAUUGAUAGUAGCGCACAGAGUGAUAAGAAGAGAGUUAUUGUAUGCAGUGGAUGGUCCUUUGUGGGAAAGUGUAUUUUGUGAGAAUAAGUGAUUUUUGUAACUUUGUAACAAUUUCUCGAAUACUACUAGUGAUUCUUUGUUCGAUCGUCAACCGGGUGUGUGGUUAGAAGUGACUUUCUCCUCGAUUUACAAAUAUUGAACGCACGGCACGAUGAACCGAGUGACAGUCCUCGACGGUGGAUUCGCUACGCAGCUUUCGGUUCACGUGGGUAAGCACAUCGACGGAGACCCGCUGUGGAGUGCCCGCUUCAAUGCUACCAAUCCUUCGGCGGUGUUCAAAACGCAUCUCGAUUUUCUGGAAGCUGGCGCCGAAUGUAUUAUGACCAACACCUACCAGGCCAGUAUCGAAGGCUAUAUGGAGUAUUUGAAUCUCGACGAAGAGGCGAGCUUGCAGCUGAUUAAGUCCACGGUGAAGCUGGCCCAGAUGGCCAGGACAAAGUUUCUGGCGGAGAACGAGGCCAGUGAGAUACCGCUUCUGGUAGCAUCGGUGGGCCCUUACGGAGCUCAUUUGCAUGACGGGUCGGAGUAUACAGGCGAAUAUGCGGACUAUGUCACGGCGGACACGAUCAAGAAGUGGCACCGGAAUCGAAUUGACGCCUGUUUGGAGGUGGGCGUCGAUGUGCUUGGGAUUGAAACCAUUCCGUGUAAGAUGGAGGCGGAGGCAAUGCUGGACAUGAUGAGUGAGGAAUAUCCGCAGGUCAAGUUUUGGAUCGCCUUUCAGUGCAAGGACAGCGCGCACAUUGCUCACGGAGAACCGUUCGCCGAAACGGCCACCUACAUAUGGAACGAAGCGAAGCGCCAGGGAAACGGCAACCUACUGGCCGUCGGUGCCAAUUGUGUCCAUCCCCAGUUCGUGACCCCGUUGUUCAAAGGAAUCAACGAGAAACGGUCCGUCCACGAUCGGAUCCCACUAGUCGUGUAUCCCAACUCGGGGGAGGUCUAUAGCGUUGAAGCGGGGUGGCAGGGAAGGGAGGACUGCGUUCCACUGGAGCACUAUGUGCCUCAGUGGAUCGAACUUGGAGCUCGAUUUAUAGGUGGUUGCUGCCGUACUUACGCAAGAGAUAUCAAACGCAUUAAACAAACCGUAACAUCCAUGCAGGAGGGCUCCCUGAAAUCGCUGUGAAACACUGUGAAUUGAAUCGAUGCAUUUUAUGUGGAUGUCUGUGACAACCGUUAUAUGUUUUUUCUAUACAUGUACUGUGUUCAAAGAAGAUUGUAUGUUAUUUUAAGGAGUUCGACAACUGCAGGCUAUUUUAGAUUUUUUAAAUAUAUUCACAUGAGAUUGAUAAAA